AUGUCUUACCAGCAGCACCAGUAUCCUCCUAAUGCUUACCAGCAGCCCGGCUACGGCCCUCCCCCUGGAGAGUACGGAGGUUAUCCUCAGCAGGGCUAUCCUCCCCCGCAGGGCUAUCCUCCCCAGCAAGGCUAUCCUCCUCAGCAAGGCUAUUCCCCCAAUACUAUGCAAUACAACUCAAAUGCCCCUCAACAGGAGCAGAAGAAGGACCGUGGUUGUCUCGGUGCUUGCUUGGCCACCCUCUGCUGUUGUUUCGUUUGCGAGGAGGGUUGCGAGUGCUGUGCCGAGUGUAUCGAGUGCUGUGAGAUGUGCUAG